ACUUCCUAUGUUGUAUUGUGUGUGGGGGAAGGACGAAAGAGUUUUAAUUAGAAACUAAACUUUCUAUGUUUUAUUUACCGGGUUUAAGAACUCCUAAACUGACCUGCUAAAAAAAUAAUAAUAAUAAAAAUAAUUCACUGAAUGCAAGUUGACAAAAACAGGGGCUACGAUGCGAGAUCGCACUAAGGAACUCGGAAAUAAGGAUGAGAAUAACUCGGAUGAGGAAACGCGCUCGUUGGUUGUCAAACCAGGAACAGGAAGGAGCUCCAAGAACGAGAGCAAGGAUGAGACGGACGCCUUUUUCCUGAAGGUGAGGGAGAUACGCGAGGGCCUGGCUUUGCUGUCGAUGAAGGUGAAGGAACUAGAGAAUAAACAGCUGACAGUGUUGGGAGUUCCUCUUCCUGAAGAAAAUAUGAAACGGGAUCUGCAGACUUUGAGGGAUGAUAUUAAGAAGAUCGCCAGUCAAGUGCAGAAGAAUUUGAAAAGUGUUGAGCCGAAAAAGUCUGAAGAGGAAGAGGGAGAUAAAUACGUUUCUGUUAGCGACAGGAUGAAAAAAACACAGCACGGAAUUCUUUCCCGGGAAUUUGUGGAUCUGAUGUCCGAGUGCAACACCGUCCAAUCAAAGUACAGGGAUCGGAACGUGGAGCGAAUCCAGCGACAGCUCAAAAUCACUGGGACCAACGUCACAGAGGAACAGCUGGAUGAAAUGUUAGAGAGUGGACAGACUGAUGUUUUCACCCAGAACAUCUUGAAGGACACCCAAGCCACGAAGCAGGCGCUGAAUGAGAUUGAAUCGAGGCACGACGAGAUUCUCAAACUGGAGAGGAGCAUUCGCGAUCUGCAUGACAUGUUCAUCUACCUGGCCAUGGAGGUGGAGGCACAGGGCGAGAUGAUCAAUCGAAUCGAGGACAACAUCCUGCAGUCAUCGGACUUCAUCGAGAGUGCGGCGAAACACACGCAGAAUGCCGUGGAAUACAAACAGAAAGCACGCAAGAAGAAAAUUUGGAUUGCUGUCUGUGUGUCUGUGAUCCUCCUAAUCAUUAUCAUUGCCCUAGCUGCAGCGUUCGCAGGAUAAUCACUUCACUGUAUAGGCUGUCCGGAUUUGAAACUUCCUGCUUGUCCUGGUUUUUUUUUUUUUGUUUUGUUUUGUUUUUACCUGGUCUGAUCACUGUAAACGCUGCACCAGGGAGACGUCCAGGCAGUUUUGUAUUUGUGUCUGUUCAAACGAGAAAACUGUAGUCGCUGAAUGUAUCGACCAACAAACUGACCCACUUUUACAGAGAUAUUGUUUGUGUGUGUGUGUGUGUGUGUGUGUGUGUGGAUGUCUGUCUCCUGAUCAGAGCUAUACUAGACUGCAUUGAGGGGUGUUCUGAACCCCAGGACUGGGUGCAGCAGCAGCAGGGCUAGUGUGAGUUUGUAACCCUGCUCAAACUCCUGGCUCCUGAUCAUUUCAAUAUUAAUAAUACUAGACUUCAUUGAGGGGAGCUGUGAACCCCAGGACUGGGUGCAGCAGCAGCAGCAGCAGCAGGGCUAGUGUGAGUUUGUAACCCUGCUCAAACUCCUGGCUCCUGAUCAUUUCAAUAUUAAUAAUAAUAACACUAGACUUCAUUGAGGGGAGCUCUGAACCCCAGGACUGGGUGCAGCAGCAGCAGCAGCAGGGCUAGUGUGAGUUUGUAACCCUGCUCAAACUCCUGGCUCCUGAUCAUUUCAAUAUUAAUAAUACUAAUAAUAAUAAUACUAGUUAUGCUACGUCCACUUAAAACACUAGGAAAUACCCAAAAGAAUAACCUUUUUUUUUAUUUUUUAUUAUUAUAUCACAUAUAUAAACUGUCUCCUUUCAUUUUCAUGGUGUAUGUAUGUAUGUGUGGGUGUGAGAUUUCUUGUUUAGAUUUUCUCAAUUCUUCAGAUAGGAGCUGCUGGCUUCCAUUCUCAUCCCUGUGGCGACAGACCGAUUUUGUAAGCUGAAAUUGCACCUUUUUGUUCUGUGCAAUAUCUACUGCAGCAAUUAUACUGAAAUAACCCAGACAACAA